AGGAAAGUGGUGUCAGGGAGCAUUCAGCUAAAAUAAAGCAAAUUAUGGUUGCUUACAUAUUUAUGAAUGCCUUUGAGCUUAGUGUUGAAUAUAAUUAUGGACCAUUGUCUCUUACAGUAUUAUCAUAGCAGUUGUAUUUAUAUAUUUUUGCGACUGGUAGGAGGUCGAGCAUUUGGAAGCAGAUGGGGUUGACCAAGAUUCAUACAAAUCUCCUUCCUCCUUAAAGAAAGAAGAUUUUGGUUGCUCCCAGAAAAGUGCAAAACCGUCACCUAAUAAGCUAAGUAAGAAGAAGAAUAGAAAAGGUGGGCUCUCCAUGUUUUUGAGUGGCGGUCUUGAUGAUGUUCCUAAAGUCGAGGUGGUUCCACUAGUAUCUCCAAAAGUUGAAGGCCCGGCUUGGGGAGGUGCAAAGAUAGGGAAAGGGUUGUCUACAUCUCUUCGCGAAAUACAGAAUGAACAGAACAAAGUAAAGGAAACACAACAAGUUAAGAAGGGCAGCCAUGGGCAGCAGCAGCAGCUGGAGGUGGAUGGCCUCAUCAGUAGAGGGAGGAAGAAACAAUUAAGCGUGUUUUUAUCAGCUAAUCCAUUACCAGUUAAUGCUUCUUCUUCUUCUUCUUCUCCAAGAACAUCAACAACACAAUCAAGGGCCACACCAGAUGAAGAAAGGAACAACACUCUUCUUCCCUGGGCUGCCACCACAUCUGCCGGAAGCGGCUCUCCUCUUUCGCGCCCCUCUCUCAGGGACAUACAAUCCCAGCAGCAGGGGAAGAGACACUACCAGCACGGCCUAUCUAAAAGCCCAACAACUGCAGGAUCCUCCUCACUUAUGUCCAGUGGGUCACCAUCGGACUCUAACAGCGGUUUGAACCGCUGGUUCAAGCCAGAAAUCCAGGCGCCUUCACCUAUCCGGUCAAUCCAGAUAGAGGAAAGGGCAAUAAAGGAACUGAAGCGCUUCUAUAGCAGUGUUAAGGUUGUUAUGAAGGACCAACGCUCUUAACAAGAAUGCGGUUUAUUUCUCUGUACAUACGCCCGCCCAAAUUGGAUUCCCAUUGCUUCAUUCUUUUUCCAUAUUGGUAGGUAGACAUUAGUGUUGUUCUAGCACUUAAGCUUAUAUACAUCAUUGAGAUGUAUCUCUACAGCCUGUAGCAUCAUCAUUUUCAAAUAAGGAAACACAUGUUUGAUGGUAGUAUUCAGGCAGGAGAUUAUUAUUAACCAAUCAAAAUUUACUCAAAAGAAUCAAGAAAAACAUUGUACCCUUGAGGUUUAGGAAAAUACUCAAGGUUAAAUGCUAGAAAUGCAGCAUCUUAACCCAUAUAGGUUUUUGAGGAUAUGACAAAUUACAAAUUUGAUGACAUACAUUUCUUUUCCCCACUGUUUUGCAUCAUAAACUACUCAUAAACCAUCCUUGAAACCUGCAAGCAAAUUAGUGUUUGACUCUCACCAUCAGUGCAGAUAGGAUCUUUUUUCAUUUCCUCUCAUAGACCCCUGCAAGAAAAGAAAAAAAAGUGUCACAACAGAGAAAUGAUGAGGAAUAAGUUUUUUGUUGGCCCAAGUGGGUGGGGGAGGUUUGAUCUUCAUGGAAUGCUUGAAUCAAAGCACAUACAUUGAAAUAUGCAUUAGAGAACUCAGUCUACUUGGGUGACUGAGUGGUGGCCCCCACAUGGCUACACCAGCCUAACGCCUUAAUUUGGUUGCGUUACGCAACCCAAACUCCAAGUGGUUCCAAACAAGACAAAGUAUAACAAGGUUUGAGGAGCAAAAUAUACGCACACUUUACCUCUACUCCUGGCAUGAGCGCAUAACACAUGU